UAUUAGUUUUAAUCUGACAGAAUCACAAAUACAAAAUGACAAGUGUAGGUCUGCUUUCCUUCACCAAUGAUCGUCUUGAUGAAGUCAUUCAAAAAGCCAAAGAUUUUGCGUUUACUCAAGGUCUCGUUGAGCCAAUCAAAGGCGAUGUUAUCAACGAAAGUGUUGUCACUCAUAUCUCAUUUAUGCUUGCGCCGUCUCCUAUACCUCAGCACCAUUUCGAGAAAUUGAAAGAAGCUCAACUUGAUUUCAACAAACUGAUGUACCUUGUUAGCCAAGAUUAUGAUUUCAUAUGUAGCGUGUUAAAAAGUUCGGUUAAGUAUGAUGAGUUUACAAGAAAUUUGCUUAAGAUUUACCAUAAGGUUCAUCAAAAAGAAACUAAGGACAGAGGAACACUUGACAUAAUCAGAUGCGAUUACAUGUUGGAUAGUAAUGAGCAGAAAUUUAAGCAGAUUGAAAUUAAUACGAUUGCUGCUGGAAUGGCUGCAGGAGCAGCACUUAUGCCACUUCUUCAUAGAUACACUCUAAGGUUAGCAGGGAAGUACAAAGAAGCGAACCAAGUUCCAGACAGCACGAGUCUUGAAGGAAUAGCCACUUCUCUUGUACGGGCAUGGGAGGUGUACGGCCAGCCAAAUGCGUCUGUCUUGCUAGUCACCGAGCCGGCAGAUCUGGCCCGCAUCAAUCAUCGUCAUAUUGAGUUCAGCAUUCAUGAAAUUAAUCCUCGAAUACCCUUCAUGAAGAUGAGCCUUGGAGAUAUUGGAAUGCGCGCCAAUCUGACAGACGAUCAGCAACUAAGAAUUGAUGGAUGUGAAAUAGCCGUUGUAUAUUAUCGUACGGGAUAUAAACCAGAGUUUUACAAGACCAAGGUGGAAUGGAAAGGGAGACUUUUAGCUGAGCAGUCAUGCGCCAUAAAAUGUCCAUCAAUAGGUGGUCAUUUGGCGGGAACGAAAACAGUUCAGCAAGCAAUUUCCGAACCAGGUGUUAUUGAAAAGUACAUUGAUGACCCGGAAGCAGUUGUUCGGAUUCGCAAUACAUUCUGCAGAUUAUAUUCACUUAAUCCAGGGCCGAAAGGAGAUCAUGCUGCGGAUCUCGGUAUUGAAAAUCCAGAAAUGUUUGUCCUGAAGCCAAACCGGGAAAGUGGAGGUAACAACCUGUUUGGGAAAUAUAUUAAAGAAAAGCUCAUCGAAUUGAAGGACUCGCCAGAACGUGCAACAUUAAUUUUGAUGGAAAAGGUAGAACCAGUAAAGAUCAACGGAUAUUCAGUAAAACCUUUGGAACCCGUAACUUUACGUGAGAUGACCUAUGAACUCGGUAUUUAUGGAACAACAAUAUGUAACAGUAAUGGAAUAAUACAUAGUCGGCAAAUAGGACAUCUUUUUCGUACCAAACCUGCGGAUGAAAAUGAAGCAUCAUUAAUGGCGGGAAUUGCUGUCAAUGAUUCUCCUUUACUGGUCUCAUGAAUACUUCAGCCACAUACAGUACUGGGCACAUGAACUAUGGUAUUUGAAAAAGGUAGCUCAUACCGUUGAGAGUUCAUUUGAAAAUGUGGUCUAUAGUAAAUAAUAGGCACUAUACUGGUUUAUUAGUUCUUUAGGGUGACUGGAGAUUUGUAAGGCCUAUGCUGAAAUCAUGAAAAUCAGUUAUAUUUUAUUUUAUUUAUAUUGUCGAUCAAUCAUAUUCAAUGCCGUGGCAAGGAUUUUAAAACAGUUUGGGUGGUAUCAGGGUGGACCGACUUUACGCGUAUUGGUAAAUAAUGUGGACUCAUUUUCUUAAAAGUUGACCCAUUUUACGCAAAAAUAUGAAAAAUGUGGACCCAUUUAUUUAAAAUUUUAACCAUUUUAGGCUAAAUAUGAGAAAUCUGGAAUAAUUUUUU